AUGCAUCAAUUCGCCCUAUGGGCUCCUUUUCUGGUACGAGCAUACGGCGCGCUACCAGUGCACUCGAAUGGCUCCCUCGUGAACGGCAGUGGAGCGUGGGAGGGUGAAAAGGCCAGGAUUAAGGAAAACGGCUUCACCAAGAAACUCUUCGAAUGCGUUCCUGACCUGCGAGCGCAACUCAGGAAGCCGUGGCCAGCCAACUACAGCGAUGCGGUAACCGAAACCGCUUCCUGCAAGGACAUGGUCAGGAUCUGGGGGCGCGACCGUGGCCUCGAUUGCGACUAUGUGCAGAACUGCGUGCCCGUGGCGGCAUGCGUUAGUGGCAAAAGCAAGGCGAACGCAGGGUGCGGAUUUGACGGGCUGAGCUUGCAUAUCCAACUUGGCCGGGAUGCCGGCGCUCUGGGUAGAUUCAUCGCAGACCUUGGGGAGAGAAGACGCGAAUCGGUCACGUCGUCCUAUGGCAUCGCCAUGGCCAGCCACGUCGAGCACUCGUUGGACGUGGCAAGGCUCUACGGAGAAAAGGAGAUUCCCAUCCGACGGCUGCGCGACUUUAUGUUGAUUUUCGAUCCCAAACUUGACCGUCCAGUGUCGGGCGGCCACGCGUACUGCAACAUAUUCCAACUCAAAACCGUCCGCCUGCUACUUCACCACGUACCCAGCGAUCUAUACUUUGUCCAUUUCGCCGUGGAGGAUCUGCGUACGGUUCGCCGCUGCGGGGGCCACCCCUAUCCAAUCGUAACGUCGCCGCUGCCGCUGGGAGGCUGGAACGCAACCAUCGGCGGUGUCCUCAAGCAGCCGCUUUGGAGAUGCAUUGAGAAUGGUAUGAAAGGUGAAGAUUGCCACGCCGUAUUACGGUACGGGUGA